GCGCGGCCAGGCGCGAGGGGCAGCGGCCGGGCGGACAAGGCGGGCGCCAUGGCGACCCCGGCGGCCUGGGCCGCGGCCUGUGAGAAGUUCCGCACCUCUCUGUCGUUGUCGCAGGUGGAGUCUCAGAAGGAUCCGGAGAACGACCCUUACAAGUCUAAGUACCGCGCCAGGGAGCUGUUGCAGGAGGUGAAGGCGCUGUUGGGGCCCGCGGCCGACGAGGACGAGGAUGAGGAGGCGGGCGGUGGCCCGGGCGCGGAGGAGGAGCCUGAGGCGGAGCGCGCCGGGCCGGGGGCCGGGGCUGAGCCCAGCACGCGGGCAGUGCGUCUGGCCGCCGUGGAGUUGCAGCUGGGCCUCAAUCACCUCGACACGGAAGAGCUGGCGGCCGGCGAGGAACACCUGCAGAACUGCCUGCGCCUGGUGCGGCGCAGCCGCCUCGAGCCCGCCGCCGUGUCCCUGCACCUGCAGGCCCAGAAUAAUCUGGGUAUCCUGUGGUCCGAAAGAGAUGAAAUUGAGACUGCACAAACAUACCUAGAGUCUGCAGAAGCUCUGUAUAAUCAGUAUAUGAAAGAGAUUGGGAACCCUCCUCUUGAUCCCAAUGAGCACUUUCUGCCCGAGGAAGAGAAGCUUACGGAGCAGGAGAGAUCCAGAAGAUUUGAGAAGGCGUAUACUCAUACCUUGUAUUACCUGGCUCAAGUCUAUCAGCACUUGGAAAUGAUUGAGAAAGCUGCUCAGUAUUGCCACACCACCCUUAAACGACAGCUGGAAUACAGUGGCUACCACCCUGUAGAAUGGGCUAUCAACGCUGCUACCUUGUCCCAAUAUUACAUCAAUAAGCAAUGUUUUAUGGAGUCCAGACAUUGUUUAUCCGCUGCCAGUGUCAUCUUUAGCCAGGCCGAACAAACUCCAUCAACAGAAGACACCGAAACAGAACAAGACCAACAAGAUCUUCGUCAGAGAAAAGCAGAAAUUGCCAGAUGUUGGAUUAAAUACUGCUUGAAUCUCCUACAGAAUGCACAGGCCUCCCUGGAGGACAACAUAGGAGAACUUGACCUUGAUAAGCAGGCUGAACUCAAAGCUCAGAGGAAAAGGGAAGAAGAUGAGAAAGAAAACGGCAGGAAGAAAGUGGUCCUCUUUGGCACUAGCGACGUGUGCGACGCCAUCUUGGCCAUGGAGGAGAAGGUGGCCUGUGUGCCCCCGUUAGACUUUAGGGAAGCCAGGGAGGUGUUUUUAGUGGGUCAGAACUACGUGUUCGAGGCCAAGGAGUACUUUCAGGUUGAUGGGUACAUCACUGACCAUAUCGAAAUUGUCCAGGACCACAGUUCUCUGUUUAAGGUGCUGGCCUUCUUUGAAGAGGACUAUGAGAGGCGCUGCAAGAUGCACAAGCGGAGAAUAGACAUGCUAGAGCCCCUCACGGUAGACCUCAAUCCACAAUAUUAUCUGUUGAUCAACCGGCAGCUUCAGUUUGAGUUGGCCCACACCUAUUAUGAGAUGAUGGACUUAAAGGUAGCCAUCGCCAACAGGCUAGAGGAGCUCGAUUCACACACGAUAAAGAAAAUCAAUUCCCUGGCCCAGUCAGCCAUCAAGUACUAUGAACUCUUCCUAGACUCCCUUAAGGACCCCAAUAAGGUAUUUCCAGAGCAGCUCGGAGAAGACGUUCUCCGUCCUGCCCUGGUAGCCAAGUUCCACAUUGCUCGACUCUAUGGCAAACUCAUCACUUCUGAUGGUAGGAAGGAGCUAGACAACAUGCAGGCUUCCUUGGAAUACUACACGUUCUUGGUUGACUACUGUGAGAGGUACCCCGAGGCCGUCCGUGCCGUAGACACUGAGCUAGAACUCAGUAAAGAGAUGGCAGGGCUGCUGCCAGCCAAAAUGGAGAGGCUGCGAGCCAAGCUGAGUCCCUUUACUUAAAUCCUUAUCCCUGGUCAUGGAAAUGUGCAAUAGAGCAGGGUCCUUCAGCCUCAGGCCCCUUCCAGGGUACUUGCCUCCAGUGUGUAGGGAAGCACAGAUAGCUCUCUCCGACUCACUUGUCAGUAAAAUGAGUUAACAGUUUUUGUCUUGAUUUUGUACAUUUUUUUCUGUAAAAUUUGUGUUUGAGAUGGCUUGUUCCCUACCUUUCCUGCAGAAUACUACUUAAAAGGUGACUCAAACGAAUUUGCUGGAUGUAACUGGGGUAUAAAAAUUAACUUUUUUAAGAGAAAUAGAUUUUCCCCUGGGGGGAGGGGGCAAAAACCCAUGAGUUUCCUGCAUAUUCCUAGAAUCCUAACUUCCCAAAGAAAUGUUUACCCAAUGAUAACUAACCUAUAAUUUAUUUUGUAUGUUGUAAAAUUCUUGUCUAUAUUAUAGGAAAAAAUUAUUAGAGAUAUAAUAAACGACUUGCUUCACUAACAGAA